CUAUGACAAUAUACGUGACCAGUCUACUGAAAAAGAAAAUAAACAGGUCCUGUGACCAGAAAUGAAUAAUGUUGUGUCGUCUGUAUUUUUCAUCGAAACUCGGGCACACACGUGAGAAUGAAUUACGUUUAUGGGCGGAGCAUGGUUGUGAUGGAUUCUUUGAACGACCGAAUGCGCCUCAAAGACAAAAUUGUAGCUAAUGUGGCCAAGGCAGUUAAGAGUAUACAAGAGCUGCAGAUACUGUCUAAUUCGGGGUCUGUUACAUUAGGAAAUUAUGACUGGCAAUGCCAUAGGUUAUGUGAACAUUUGGAUCACACAUUACUUCAUGGAUUGCGCCAUGUUACCCCUGGUUACUGGAAAAUUGUCUCUGAAUUUACUCAUAAAGAUUGUGUGAAAGAGAUUAAGAGAAUGCAGAAUGUCACAACUGAUCUUGGUAGAGGUCGGGCUUGGUUGUUAAUGGCAUUGAAUGAGUGUUUACUGGAAAGUUAUCUAAGAUGCUACCAGCAAAAUGAAAACCUUGUGGAGGAGUUUUAUGUCAGGGACGCCUUAGUUAGAGACCAAGAUAAAUUUAAUGUUUUGUUGACAGUUAUUUCUGGUUUAGAGAAUACAGAAUUUCAACUUGAAUGUAAUAUGCCUUAUUUAGACCUAUGUGUGUAUCCACCAAACAGUAAACAUACAUCUAAUGUAGAAUCUACCAUAGAUUUUGAAAGAUUGUCUGUAUGUAGUAUGGAGAGUGUUCAUGUUCCUGCCUCAAGACCUUUACCUCAGACAAAACUUUCUAGGAAAAUAACAGCUGUGUUUGAGACGUCGGAGGAUGUUCGACCAGAUAGGAAGGAUAGCACUGGUAGCGGAGAUCGACGACACUCGCCCUCCCUCGAUAGCGGAAUUCACUCGGACUGGAACUACAGACAGAGGAGUAUCACACCUAUUGACCAGAUGAGCAUUUCUAGUACUAGUCAAGAUUGUGAAUCCAGUGAAGGGGCGGGCCUUGAGGUAAUUCAUCUUAGCAAGAAAGGAAAACCUCAUAAACACAAAAAGAAAAGAAAGAAGUUUGUGUCAGUGUCUAAUAUUUCAGAACCAGAUAUUAAUGAGAUUUAUGACUCUGUAGAAGGACCUGUUAUAAAAAUACCACCCAUAGAUGAUAUUAAGUUUUCUAGUGCAAUAAUGAAUAACCAAAAUAACAAUGAGCCUGACCAGCAACAAGGUUUAAAACCAGAAGGUAACCAUUUACAAAUAUCUAGGACACGUUCUCCUGGAGAUGGAAAAGAAAAUGAAACUGACAAGGUUGAUGGUAAUCUGAAAACAGAUAAACAUACAAAUGAUCAUGGAAAUAGUCUAGGCACGAAAGGGAAACAGUUUGAUGGUAAUGUUAUUAAUAGUGAUGAUAGUAAAACAAAACAUAGCGCAGGUGAUUCACAUGAGACUGAAAGUAAAAGAGUUGAUGCUGCUAAUCAUAAGAAAACCAAAUCAGAAGAAAGACCAAAGUCCGGUGAAAGUAUUUUUACAAAACUGAUUGAAGCAAGGGUUUCGGACAUGGUAAAUGCUGGUGAACAGAUGGAAAAUGAAGAAAAAGUUGUUGAUCAGAGAUCUGAUCAUAAGACUGAUAUAAACCAUGAUAAAAAGGAUGGAAAGGAUGUGUAUGAGUUUAGCAGUGAUACUGAUGAAGCUAUGAGGUAUUACUCUGACCUUUAUAAUGGAGAAAGUGUCAAAGAGAAGGAAAUAUUGGAAGACGUUGGGAAGGAGGAGAUAGAUAAUACAGCAGAUAAAGUUGUAGAAGUUGUUCCUGAAGUUCCAAGUAUAUAUAGCAAAAUGGAUGAAUCGGAUUUAAGUAGUGAAGAUGAGACUGAAAGUUUCCCUUCAAAUUUCGAUGCUAAAAAUAAACUAUUUAAUAAUAAAACACCUUCAAGACAGUCUAAUUCAAGCACUCCAGUAGGGGAUUUUAAACAUUUAGGAAGUAAUUUUGAGAAUAGAAGACAAUCAGAUGACUUGGACAAAAUAUCAGUAUCAAGUGAAAAGGGAUCAUUAAGAAACCAUAGUGCAAUGAAGGCACCAUACUCAGAUUCUAAUCUGUAUGGAAGGAUGUCCAAUAGAAACACUCCAGAUAUACUUUCAGCCAAUCAGCAAAGGAGAAAGUCAGCUAUUUCAAACUCUUCAGCCAAUGAAACUGAAGAUGAGAUAAUAACCAAUAAGAUGUUAAGUAACAGCAGAAGCAGUAGCAGAAUGUCAACCAAUGAAAUACCAGUUUACAGAAAUUCACCUUACCUAAGUACAGAUGAAGAUAAAUUGAGUGUCAAUACUCAUUCAAGUAACCAGUCACCAAGCACUGAUAUGGAAGGCUCGGGACAGAUGUUGCAAGCUAAGGUUGAGGAAUUGAUUGUACAGAAGAAGUUAAAUCAUUAUACACAUCUGACAUUUGAAGAUGAUGAUGGGGACGAAGAUGAUGAUAAUUUUAAUCAACCUCCAACUCCGCUACGAGAUCGUGCAACUAGCCUGAAACCUGGAGAAAUUGUACUUGAUAACAACACAAUGUUGUACUUGAUGUUGGAAGUCCUUGAUGAAAAUGAUACUAUUGUAAAGAUGUUCACUUGCCAACAAGGUCAUACAGAGGGUAAAAUAAAAACUACAUUGGUUCUCGUUUCCAUGGAUAAUCUGUACUUUGUGGAGCCGUUACAAGCGAAGAACAAGUUUUCAAAGCAAGCUGUGAUCUCGUAUAAAAAUAUAGAUUUUGUCUCGAUUGGUUUCAACAAUCAGAUUUUACAUAUAGCCUGUAAAAAUAAAAGACAAAAGUACUGGCUUACUCCAGGAGAAGAAAGAAUUACUAUAGCAAUGAUAGAUUGUUUAGCAGACAGCAUGGAGAAAAGUGAUAGUAAACCAGGGAGACUGGAGGUAGAUACAGGCAACACUAUACAGAAAAUCUCUCUACAGAAAUAUAUAGCACAUGAAUGUAAAUGUGAGUCUGAUGAGUCUGAGGUGGUAUGUUAUUCUCUGGUACACUGGGAGGACCCAACAUCAGACAAGGGUUCGUGUGAGUGGGACCGUGAGGGUACCUUAUACUACAAAUCUGACGAGACAGCCAAUAUUCUGGGGAGUCAGACCUGGAGAACAGCCUAUGCUGCAUUAAGGGACAGUAUGCUGUGUUUAUACAAUGAUAAAAAUGAUGCCAAACCUGCCCAUUUCCUGAGCAUGGGCGGAGGUCAAUGUGUAGGCUGCAAACGAGACUUCAACUCGGACAAGAAUCAUGCUAUAAAGAUAAUGUUAUCUAACGGCUCGUUCUGGAAUAUUGCUCUAAACUCUGAAGAAGAGGCAAAUAGAUGGCUACAGGGUCUGUGCCAGGCCGUGUCUGAAGGAAUGAAGAUGAAUGUUGUUCGAGCGUCAUGUGUUCCGUGCUGUAUGGUGCUGUGUAAACAGAAACUGUUGAUGUGUCAUGAAGACUUGGACACUAACUUUAUACGUACACUCGGCAGUGCUAAUCUACAUGAUAUCACAUCUGUACUUUAUGAUGAUCUAAAUACAGCAUAUAUAGUCCUGGUGUUUGAGUCAGAUGAGGAGAGGAUAUCCAGUGAGAAAUGGGUGUUGUAUUUUAACAGUGGUCACGAGUGUAACAGAUUUAAAACAGCUCUUUCAGAUUGCUGGUUCAAACACUUUCAGGUUGAAGUUCCAGUUCUUCCAAUAGAUGACUUUUCUCUGCAGAAAAAGUGUACAGAAAUGGUGCAACAUUUAAACUCUUCACUGACACUAGGUAACAGAUGAUUAUAGUCAAGCUGUAUACAGAAUAAAUGUGUGUGUGUCGUGUCUUCAUAUUGACAGUUGACUGUGUUAAGGAACAGUUUUGAAAUUUGUUCGUAAACAACUGUCAACAGUUGCAAGAUAGUUCCGUUCAACCCUUGAAGUGUCUGCUGCCAAUGAAUAUUGUGUUGAGUAAAUGGUCACAUCAAAAUUGUGAUGUUCUGAAUGGUUUUGCUUAAAAACUCAGUGAAUAAAUUUUUCAACAAAGUAUACAGGAAAAAUUGCAUAUGUUUCAUAAUAAUGAAAUGCUUCACCGAAAGAAGUUAUUUUUGGACGAUACGAUGAAAUUAAAGAAAACCACUGACAAGCUUUGAUUCACUGACCUUCAUCGACAAAAAAGCAUUGUUUAGAUAAAAUCAGACUUAACACAUGUUAAUAAAAAAAAUUUAAUUUAAAUUAUUCACAAAGAGAUUGUUAUUGAUAUAUCACAUUAGUUUCUACCAACAAAUAGCAUAUUUCUUUACACUGAUAGUAACAAACAUAAUAAAACUAUAAAUAUAUAGCUAAAUGCCAAGAAACAUUCAACAUUGUAUAAAAUAUAUUCUGUGUUUAUAUUGAUCAUCUUAUUUUUGAAAAGUUUUUUUUAUCAUGUAGAAAUAUAAUUAUUACAGGCUGAAUGAAAUAUGUUGUAUCUGUGUUAAGUGUUAAGUAUUAUUUUAUACCAAUUUCUUUCAUCCAAUCGCAGCUUUUGAAUUAUACCACAUGACCAUCCAAUAUUGGACACUUGUGUCCAUCAUAGUUUUUUUAUAUUAAAUGUACAUGAUGUUUUCCAUGCACUGUCAAUGAUAAAAGCUAAUUUUCAUGCACCAUUAUUGAUAAAAGCUGUUAUAGAUGAAGGUAUCUGAACGAUAUUUGAAGGAUUAUUCAGAUCUGCAAAAACAAAAUUGUUAGAAUAUAUAACUUUGUCAAAUUUGUGUUUCUUCAAUACAAUUUGGAUGUAAAAGAAAGUUUUUCC